UGUGUCCGUCUCGCGCGUGUCCGCGUCAAUCAGGUCACAUGAUAAACAAUGACGCCAUGAACGACCGAACACAGGCGGCGCGAGGAACAAACAGAUAUUAAGCAGAGCAAACAGGUCACAAACACAGCCAACCAUUAGAACUGGCAGCGCACACAUGGAGGAUCGUAACGUGUUGAGGCGGAUGGAGAGAGAGAGGAGGAACCAGGAGGUGCAGCAGCAGGAGGAGACACGUUAUGACAGAAUCGCUCCUCUCUUCAGUGAGCCAUAUAAGAUAGACAAGAGUGACGAGCUGUCUGCUCGCAUUCAGAUGAUGCUGGGUAACUUCGAGGAUGGAAGAGAUGUUGGACCGCGGGAACUUGUGUUUCAAUUCAGUGAUUCCACACAGCUGUCUCCUCUCCAGAACUCUUGGGGAUACACAGACGGCCCCACGGCCUCUGGUGAGAACCUACCGCUGCUGUCUCCACCCGCCGAGCCCCUCUCCCCCCUGCAGCCCAGCGACUUGGACGACAUGUCUCCUGAAGGCCGUCGGGCGGAGCCGUCACAGAUGGAGGCUCUUCCACUGGCUCCUACACUCCCAUUGAAUUUGCAUCAUAAAGCGGGUCUGUUGAACCCGAAGAAGCCCACGGCGUACGUGAGGCCGAUGGAUGGUCAGGACCAGAUGACCAGCGGCUCUCCUGAUUUUAAAACUUCACCGGAGACUAAUGAGCACUUACCCGACCUGAAGAACAGUGACAGUCCAAAGCAUCCUUUUGAGCGGCCGCCACAGUCUGUUGACAUUGGCUGUCAUGAAGCUCAGCGUGUGGAUGACAUACUGAAGGAGAUGACUUCAUGGCCUGAGAUGUUGACAAACAUUCCUACACUGAGCACAAGAGGGCCUGUGCUCUCCACGGAGGAGCUGCAUGCAUCCCCUACUCACCAGGGUCUUGAAUCAUCAGACACAGUUCCAGAUCACCAGGGGAGUUCCAGCAUCUGCAGUGAUUCUGACAGCAGUUCUUCAGACAGUGACAACAUCAGCGCUCAUGUGACAUCACGCUCACCACACACACAGAACACAAAAGAAGAUAUUUUGAAGAACGUUGGUGGCCGAACAGCACGGGACCCCAUUCACUUCUAUUGGAGGGAUACAAAACCAAUGCAAGUCAAUAGGAACCCCAAGAGUCCGUGUCAUGACAUCAGGCCAGACUCCCACGAUUCCCCUGGAAGGACAGAGGCUGAAGAUCCUCAGCAGGGUCGGUCUCAUAACCCAACCCACGUCGACACCAAGGCCAAUCACAAACAGACUGUGAAGAGCACACGCCUUGAGAACUCCCAGCACAAUAAAAACACAUCCACACGCAGAACGAAAGAAAACGGAAAGAAAACGGACGAAAGGAGAGCGAGAGAUCCGUCCGUCUGCAGCACCAAACACACAGACAGAGAAUUCACCCGGCGCCCUCUGCUGGUGAAAAUAGAGCUGAAGCUACUCUCCAGAAUUCCACAGGAGCCCAAAACGCCCGUGUUCCACUCAGGGGUCACCGAGAGAUCCGAUCCUCAAAAAAUCCCCCCACUCAAGAGACCUGUUGAGCGGGAUGGAACAUCUUCAUUGAAAAAACAAAGAACGGACAAGGAGGACAGACGGUCUUGUUCCUCUCAGAACACCACCAGCCAAUCAGAAGUCACCAAGAACUGCAGUUCCAUGAAGAAGAGAAGACAACAGAAGCCCGUUCCUCCUGACAGCCAGCAGCAGAAAGCAGAGGCUCAUGGGAAGAAAACCCACAAGAGCCUUGAUGUGCCUGCGCGUCCACCUGCGACAAAACCCCGGACGCUUCUGCAGCUGGACCACAGGAAACGUUCUGUUGAGGAUCAUAUGAGGGAAGCCAAGAAACUAAAGCACAAAGCAGAUGCAACGAUGGAUAAGAUGUCUAAAGCUCUCAGUUAUCUGGAAGCUGCGCUGUCGUUUGUGGAGAGUGGAGUCGCGAUGGAGUCAGACACGCAGAUGCCCAGAUCGGCAUACACCAUGUUCUCUGAGACCCUUGAGCUCAUCAGGUUUAUACUCAAACUGAAGAAUUACACCGACCCCACAGCUGCCGCCCAUGAGAGAGAUUUUUUAGUCCUGUGUUUGCGUUGUGAGUCGAUGCUGCAGAUGGCCAUGUUCCGCCACAGACGUGAUUCAGCCCUCAAACACUCACGAACACUGGCGGAGCAUUUCAAAUGUGUGUGUGUGUGUGUUUGUGUGUGUGCAGAACACAUCAUGUUCUGCUUCUCCUGUGAGCUCCAGCUGUACCGUGGUCAUUCCUCAGCCCAUCCAUCAGGUGGCAGUGUCAUACGUGGAGGUCACAGCACUGUUUCUGAACGCUCUGGAGAGGUGGGAGCAGGCAGAUGAAGUGGCUCUCAGAGGCAGCGGUUUGCUGCGAGAGCUGGAUGCCGUUGCUGCUCCUCUCAGUCUGUCGUCUUCCAUGAGCUCAUUAGUACAAUACACACGUCAAGGCCUUCACUGGAUCAGACUCCAACCCUGAACUCCUGAUGACGCCAGCACACACACGCACGCACGCACACAGAGAAUCUCUGAUUGGUUGAGUAGGACAAACACUUGUUUGCUGCUGUACACUUGCAUGUUCAGAGAUCUAUGUUUGGCUGAAACGGGUCGUGAAGGUCAUGAGAGUUACAGAAAAUGAUGAUGAUGAUGCUGUUGUUUGUAGUCUGUAAGUGACCUCUAUUCAAGCUGUGAGUUUUAAACACUUUAGUUUUUUUCGGAUCAUCAUGAGAAGGACAGAUGUUUGUAUAACUGUAUUUUUCAUCGUGGUUAUUUGUUAUUUAAGAGCAAGCGUUCACACGUGAUUUGCCACUUUAGUCUCUGUUGGAAAUCCAUGGAAUAAAAAUAAUUUAUAUUUAUAUAUAUUAUAUUAUUUAUUCUGUAUCUUCUGAUUGUAUCCUGGGAAACUAUACUGUGACAGAGUGUUGCCCUCUGUAUUUCUUUAAACUGAAUACUGAGCAAAUUUUGUUAUUCUGUCAUUUGAAAAAAAAAAAAAAAAUCUUGCUUAAAUGACCCAUCUAUGAGAAUAUUUUGUUGUUUUUGGCCAUUAGAUCUGAUGUAAUUUCUGAGUUGAGAAGCCUUUUGGUGUUUUGUAGUUUGUGUGUGCGGUGAAGGGAGCAGGUGGUGUUUAAGCACCGCUUCCAUCAAAGCUUUGUUUAUUAAUGUGUUUCAUGAUAUUUUGUCAAAUUUAAACUGAAUGCAUAUUUAUUUUAAAUUUAAUUCAAGAAGGAACUGUACAAACAAAUAAACAUUACAUCAAAAAGUGCAUCAUUAAACAGUUUACAACUUGUAUUACAACUGA